AUGGAGUUUGCACUCAGGACAAAGAGAUUUGGGUUUGGAGAAGGAGGGGUUGAGGUUGGGGCUGCAAAUCAUUGGUGGGACGAGAUUGAUGAAUCAGAUCAAUGGCAGAGAGGCAUUUACUAUGCCCUAUGUGCUGCUUAUGCCUUGGUUUCCUUUGUUGCCCUGGUGCAAUUGGUGCGCAUUCAAAUGAGGGUACCUGAAUAUGGGUGGACAACGCAGAAGGUUUUCCACUUGAUGAAUUUUCUUGUCAAUGGAUUGAGGGCUGUCCUUUUCGGUUUAUACCAUAGUGUUUUCACAAUUAAACCAAAGGCACUGGAGCAAGUGCUAAUGGAGGUUCCUAGUCUUCUGUUUUUCUCUACGUAUGCAUUACUUGUCUUGUUCUGGGCUGAGAUAUAUCACCAGGCAAGAAGUGAGCCCAUACAGAAACUUAGGCCUGCAUAUUUUAUUGCCAAUGGAUUUAUUUACUUCAUACAGGUCUGCCUCUGGAUUUACAUGAGUGUAAGCAGAACAACCACUGGCAUGGAAGCUGCUAAACUCUUCCUUGCAGUUAUAUCAUUCUGUGCUGCUCUUGGAUUUUUGCUGUAUGGUGGAAGGUUGUUUUUCCUGUUGAGGCGCUUCCCCAUUGAAUCCAGAGGUCGUCAAAAGAAGCUUUAUGAGGUUGGCUCAGUUACAAGUAUUUGUUGCACUUGUUUCCUGAUAAGAUGUGCUUUGCUUGCAAUUUCUGCAUUUGAUGAGGAGGCAGAUCUUGAUGUCUUGGACCAUCCCAUUCUUAACCUAGUAUAUUUUUUGUUGGUAGAGAUUGUUCCAUCCGCGUUGGUGCUUUUCAUUCUGCGAAAGCUGCCCCCAAGACGAGUUUCUGAUCAGUAUCACCCCAUUAGAUGA